AUGCGCUUCACAACUUUCACUCUCGCACUCGGCCUUGCCGCCACCGCCCUCUCCUCCGCUAUCCCACAGCCAGCCCCCGAAGCCCUCGCCGAAGCGCAACCGGUCUCAGAAGCCCUCUCUGACAUCGCCAUGGACAACACUCUUGACAAGCGUGCCUGCGUCUACAACGGCUGUACCUGCAGCAGUAACGUCGGGAGCAAUUGGGCGGUCGGUGUCUACUGCGGAAAAUGUUUCCAAGUUUAUACUUUUGGAACUGGUGGAAAGAACACUGAUGCUUACCAAUGUGGUAAGGGUGGAAGUUGUUGCAGAUAUGGUGCUAGGUCUUCUUGCUCUGCUUCUAACUGGGGACCAUGUGGUGACUGGAAUCCCUAA